ACUCAGCUCAAAGCUUCAUGUUUCAAUGUCUCACCAUUUAUAAGAGUUGGAGGAAGAACAUUGAUCAUCCCCCCUCACUCCUUUACCUUGUACAUUAAUUCAUACAUACAAGUAGAAGCAGAAGAAAAUGGAUGCUUUGAUGACACGAGAAGUUGCCGGGAUCCUUGUUGGCUCCACGGCGUUUCAGCCGGUUGAGAAGUCGCUGAAGAGACUGUUGCCUGCUCCGAUCGGUAGUCAAUCUCCCGAUGGCGAACCCCGGGCGACAAAACAAUGUAGGGAGGAUGCAGUUGUUAGCAGGGGGAGCAAGGUUGGGAGUUUUGCCCAUGGAGUUAGAGAACAUGUUGCAGUGAGAUUAGGACAAAAGAUCAGAGAAACAGUGAAGGGAAAGUUAAACUUGGGAGCAAAGAUUCUUCAAGUUGGUGGGUUGAGGAAAGUUUACAAGCAGUUAUUUAGUGUAAGAGAAGGAGAGAAGCUAUUGAAGGCUUGUCAAUGCCAUUUGUCAACAACAACAGGACCUCUUGCAGGUCUUCUCUUUAUAUCCACACACAAACUAGCUUUUUGCAGUGACAAAUCACUCAAACUUUCUUCCCCAACUGGAGAGCUCCUAAGAUUUCAUUACAAGGUAGUGAUUCCAAUGGGGAGGAUAGAGAGAGUGAACCAAAGUAAGAAUGUGAUGAAGCCUUCACAGAAAUACUUGGAGAUAGUAACGGUGGAUAAUUUUGAUUUCUGGUUCAUGGGGUUCCAAAAUUUCCAAAAAACAUUCAGAUUUCUUCAACAAGCUAUCUCGCAUGAGUGGAAGACUAACUGCUAGUUAUGUUUGGAACUUGGAAGAAUAUGUUUAGCAGAAGUGUUUUCUUUUCUAUUCUAUUCCUUUCGGUUUCCUUGUGCUUCCUAGGAUUUACUUAAUGGAGCCAAGGAAAGCUAGAUAGACACAUUUGUCUCAAUUUGUACAAAUUUCAAUUAGUAUCAAUGUAAGUUGAUAUAUAUUAUGUGUA